AUGGAUCGUGGCCUUUCAACAGGCACUCACAAUGAUAACGAGGGGCUUCGGGAGAGACCCGUUGCCUCUCAAUCGGCUUCAACGCUCAGUCCCGAGGCUCUUACCGCCACUGGUGACGUAGAGCCGAAGGACACUGGGAAGGAAUUGAAGACCUAUGGACGCACCCCGGAUGGCACAGUAUUUACUGUGCCCCAAACACAUGACAUGGUUUCCCAGCUCCUGUCGCCUUCAGAGCCGAAGAACCUAUCAGAUAUCAUCGUCCUGGCUAUCUUGGGUGCUCAUAUUCUCCUUAUCUGGGCGCUGCCCAAAGGUGCGAAGGUUCCUGUCUCUGCGGUCUUGUAUCUCUUCUGGCGUGCGGGCUACAAUGCGGGGAUUGGAUGGCUUCUUCACAACCAAUCCCACCACAAAACCCUCGUUCGCUGGGCUGAGAAAACCAAGAUCUUCGUCAAUCCUGCGACGGGACAGAAUCCGCACCCUCAUCUGUACAACCUGAUCAAACGGGAACUGGAAACCAAGAUCCCCCACGACUAUUCUUUCGAGAAGGCACCUCUCGAGUACAACACCUGGCUCGUUUUUAGGCGCCUGGUCGAUUUGAUCUUGAUGUGUGACUUUACAUCGUACUGUCUCUUUGCGAUAGCCUGUAGUCACCAUCCUGUCAAUGAGAGCCUGCUAAUGACCGUGCUGAGGUGGUUCUCCGGCAUUGUGCUGGUGCUCUUCAACCUCUGGGUCAAGUUAGACGCGCAUCGUGUGGUAAAGGACUAUGCGUGGUACUGGGGCGACUUCUUCUACCUGAUCGACCAGGAAUUGACAUUCGACGGUGUCUUCGAGAUGGCGCCCCACCCGAUGUACUCGGUUGGUUACGCGGGGUACUACGGUAUCUCGCUAAUGGCCGCUAGCUACAAGGUGCUGUUCAUCUCUAUCAUCGCCCACGCAGCUCAGUUCGCUUUCUUGGUCUUCGUCGAAAACCCACACAUUGACAAGACGUACAAUCCCCCACCACCCCGCAAACGUACAAUCGACCAGGAUACGGCUUCCACGACUACCCACACCACGGACUCUCCCAUCGCGCCAGCACCCGUUGAUGAAAAUGUGCCCCACGCACCAACGUUUUCAAGCCGGCCUCCUCCAUCGGUCCACAAUCUGUUAGGCUUCCACAAUUUGGAUCUGUAUCGCAUAACCGAUACUUCGUCCAUGCUGGUCCAAUUCCUAGUAUUCGCUGUCACUGUCCUUACGCCCUCCACGCCCUGGUAUCAGUUCCUGUUCGUGGCCAAUGCAGCGGUGUGGAGGCUCUGGUACUCUGUUGGCAUUGGAUACCUCCUCAAUCGCCAAUCCAACUGCAAAGCUUGGACCCGGCAUUUCGUCAAGUAUGGCGAAACACCCCAUGAGGCGUGGAACCAGUGGAAGGGCACGUAUCACCUAAGCAUGAUCAUGUGCUACGCGAGCUUCAUUGCUGCUGUAUGGAAAAUGUAUACUCUCCCCUCCGACUGGGGCUAUGGCCUUGUCUUACUCCGGCACGUUCUCGGGGCAGGGCUGAUCUGCCUACAAAUCUGGACGUCCGUUAGUAUCUAUGAGUCCCUUGGAGAAUUUGGCUGGUUCUACGGAGACUUCUUCUACGACGAGUCGCCCAAGUUGACGUACAACGGGAUCUAUCGCUUCCUGAACAACCCAGAGCGAGUCCUUGGUCUUGCCGGGGUCUGGGGUGCGGUCCUUAUCACUAGUAGUGGAGCAAUCACGUUCCUCGCGCUUCUGAGCCACAUCCUCAGCCUGGCGUUCAUUCAGUUCAUUGAGCGUCCACACAUGCAAAAGCUCUAUGGCCAGAGUAUCCGUCGCGAUGCCGGUCUUGUUAAGAACCUGAAACGGUCCUUGCCUCCUCCUCUCAAGCAACUUCAUGGGAGUAUGGACAAAAUCGUCGACGGUUCUUUCGAGUUUAUAGAGGAUUUCUUGGAAAAUGCCCGCCCCAAGCUUGCUGCCGGUGUUGACACGUUCGUGAAGGAUACAACCGCCCUCUUCCAGAAGUACCCCGCCCGUGUUACCAUCACCCGCAUCGAUGAGGACGUGGCCGGAUAUGAUUCGCGAGAUUACUCUCUGGAGGUUGAAGGCACCGAUUCAUCAGCUCUUGCCGAAUGCGACCAAAGUAGUGGUAGAGAGGGUGCUAAUGCCCGCAUGCCCCUUGAUAGACGCGGUGAUCUGAAAAACUUGGUAUUCGAAUACGGAGCCCCGAUCAAGGUCAAAUGGACUGCGCCUCUCAAUCACAGCAAGAAAGAUUGGAUUGGACUUUAUCGCGUGACCGAUAACACUUCCCGGGAGAUCACAAAGGUUUCUUCCCAAGGACGAUGGAUCGCGGUGAAUGAAGGAUCCUACGACAAUUUGACCUGCGAAAAGGGGAUUGUUUCGAGCGAUGUGGUCAUCCCAGCUCCGCAUGGGGACAACCGCGAGAUGGCCUCGGGGGAAGUCAUCUUCUCCAGCGACAAGCUAUUCUGGACCCAAGGCGUCUUCGAGUUCCGGUACCACCACAAUGGCAAGCAUAACGUGAUGGCGAUCUCAAGACCGUUUGAAAUCCGCAUCCGCCGGUUUGAGGAAGAAGGCCACCAUGAGAUGAUGCAGACCUCUGUUGAAAAUAGUCUGUUGCCAGUCGUUCGCAACUGCUUUGACCGAGACCCAGAGGUCGCGCCUGAGACCGUCGACGAACAGUUUGGAUCCCUGGUCGAACGUGACGGCAAGUAUGCCAAGCGGGUUGUUUUUGCCGUGCAUCAGAUGUUCGGCAUCGAAUUCGCCCCGGAAGUCGUCCGCGCCGAUGGAACUGUACGCAACCUUGCUUGGCGAAUAUGCAAUGCAAAGAAGGUUUUGGCGCCUUACAAUAGGUCUUAG